AUGGUUGCAAAAUCCGUUCCCAAACCGAAGACGCAUAAACCAGCCUCAAAGAAAAAGCAAGUCCUCAAGUUCAGUAUAUGCAUUUCACCCGGAGUUAUUGAUGAAGAUAUAGUUAGCCCUAGUUUACUUGAAAAAUAUUUAAAGGAACACAUAAAAGUAGAUAAUAAGCUUAAUAAUCUUGGGAAAGAUGUUCACAUUGAACGUGACAAAUCAACCAUACAUGUCACAGCAAACAUCCCUUUUUCGAAAAGAAAAGAAGCAUGAAGAAGAAAUAAAUCAGUGAGAAAGUCAAAAUAUUCCAGUUACCAGUCACUGUUAUAGAUCUCUUAAGGAUUUUUUCUUGUGGAAUAUAAAAAAAUAAUGGUAUAUGUCAGCUUGACGUUUUCUAUUCACAAACUGACAUGAUAAGUCAAUGAUCAAGUUUAAAUCAGAUUCAUUGAAAUGAAGUCAUUUAACGAGCGGGUUAAUAUCUGACAUUGUACUGAAAUGAAAGUCGCCAACAUAAUUCCCGUGUAAAAAAUAUAUCAAACUGUAGUACAUCUCCCAAAAGAAUAGUAUUUAUUUGGUCAUUAGCUAUUGUACACCCAUCAGGAAAAGAUUCGGAAGAUGAAACUAUAGGGGACAAAUAUUUUUCCAAUUCAUUAUAUUCCGAUAUAAUUAAUAAAGUGACGUCGAAUGCAUAAAAUGGAUAACGAAUGUGAAUUCCUUCGAGGUUUUGUUUUAUUCAAACGAAUGUGCAGUGAUUUAAACUUAUAAAUCUAAUAAAAACCCGAACUUUUAAAAUGGAGAAGA